GUCUUUACAAACACAACACACAUCUUUGUCUGCUGUCUUACUCUAUACCAAGGAGACCGUCAAUACUUACACACUUGCAUUAAUCUCGCCUGUCUGCUGAUCCGGCUGGCAUCGACCGUGUGACAUCGUUUCAUUUGAUUGCCGUGGCACAUCAUAUAUCUUCAACAUGACGGUCUCAAAAAAUUCCAAAAUGAUGAACCUGAUCAAUUUCAGGCUCAGGAUCACAAUGUCGGACUCGCGCGUGUUGACCGGCCAAAUGCUGGCCUUUGAUAAACACAUGAACUUGGUUUUGGCGGAUUGUGAAGAGUUUAGAAAGGUCAAAUCAAAGAGUGGCGCAAAAACAGCUUCUGGGCAACCAGAGCGCGAAGAAAAGAGAACACUAGGCUUGGUGAUCCUUCGGGGUGAAACUAUUGUCAGCUUGAGCGUUGAUGGACCACCACCACCAAGUCUUGAGGACCAGAAAGCACGCAUCUCCCAAUUAUCGGCCGGUUCGGGUGUGGCGGCCCCUGCUGGUCGUGGUAUGCCUGUUGUCCCAGGUGCUGUUCCAGGAUUGACUGGACCUGUUCGUGGCGUUGGUGGACCUGCCCCUGGAAUGAUGGCGCCCCGUGGGCCUGCUGCUUCAGCACCACCGAUGUCAUAUGGCCGCGGCGUCCCUCCUGGGGGUGUUCCACCUCCUGGCAUGCCCCCAGCAGGGUUUCGUCCUGGUCCACCUGGCAUGGUCCCUCCUCCCAUGCCCCCAGGUAUGGUUCCUCCUCCCGGAUUCAGGCCUAUGGGUCAGCCAGGUGUACCUCCUCCAGGAUUCCAUCCUCGUCCCGGCAUGCCUCCAGGCGCGCCUCCUCCAGGAUUCCGACCAGGCUUCCCUCCAGGUCCUCCCCCACCAGGAUUCCAGCCUCCACCAGGCUUCCGUCCUCCGCCCCCUGGCUUCAGACCCCCACAGUAAAGGAUUUGCAAAAGAAGGAUGCUUUGAUUGCAAUUUUUCGUAGUAGCAGUGAUAAUAUAAAAUGCCCGACUCGUCAUUCAGAUGCGUUAUCGCGCAAAGGCAUGCUUGCUUUUCUCUCCUCAUCUCUUUAUCUCCUACAAUCAAGCGCCUAUACUGCACAUAAAACAAAACAGAAAGAAACGGAAUAUCGUUUGUCUGUUAAUGCAUAUAAUCUCGGCUAGAACUAACAAAAUAUUUUGCCCUCUAAACGCAUUUGCCUCGAUCACAAAUUAUUAUGUUACGCUUUGAAAAUGAGGCUAGCCAGAAUCUAAAUUAAUGAUAGGGUUAGAUAUUGCCCUCUUCUAGUACCCCUUCCCUGCAGCG